ACUCCGCGGGAGCGGUCUGUGGGCUGCUUGAAGGAUUCUCCUGAGGGAGAGGGACGAAACUCUCAAGACUAUUGCCCUGUCCUCGGAAGGGUGUGGAGACAUGCUAGAUUCCUUCUUUUCCUCCGGUGAACCCUGAGCCCUGUGUCCGUCGUCGGCAACUUUGGUAAGGUGUUUGUCGCCUCGAAGACAUGGAUACUGGACAAGACCGAGUGGUUGCUCUUGUGGACAUGGACUGUUUCUUUGUUCAAGUGGAGCAGCGGCAAAAUCCUCAUUUGAGAAAUAAACCUUGUGCAGUUGUGCAGUACAAAUCCUGGAAAGGUGGUGGAAUAAUUGCUGUGAGUUAUGAAGCUCGUGCAUUUGGGGUCACUAGAAAUAUGUGGGCCGAUGACGCUAAGAAGUUAUGCCCAGAUCUUCUACUGGCACAAGUUCGUGAAUCCCGGGGGAAAGCUAAUCUUACCAAGUACCGGGAAGCCAGCGUUGAAGUGAUGGGGGUGAUGUCUCAUUUUGCUGUGAUUGAACGUGCCAGCAUUGAUGAAGCUUAUAUAGAUCUGACCAGUGCUGUGCAAGAGAGACUACAGAAGCUACAAGAUCACCCUAUAUCAGUGGACUUGUUGCCAACCACAUAUGUCGAAGGUUUGCCCCAAGGCCCUACACCAGCAGAAGAGACUGUUCAGAAAGAAGAGAUACGUAAACUAGGCUUACGCGAGUGGCUCAGUUCUCUUCAGAUUGAUAACACCGCUUCUCCAGACCUGCAGCUCACCGUGGGGGCAGUGAUUGUGGAGGAAAUGAGAGCAGCCAUUGAAAGGAAGACUGGAUUUCAGUGUUCAGCUGGAAUUUCACACAAUAAGGUCCUGGCAAAACUGGCCUGUGGACUGAACAAGCCCAACCGCCAGACCCUGGUCUCUCAUGGGUCAGUCCCACAGCUCUUCAGCCAAAUGCCUAUUCAAAAAAUCCGAAGUCUUGGAGGAAAGCUAGGAGCCUCUGUCAUUGAAGUCCUAGGUGUGGAAUACAUGGGUGAAUUGACCCAGUUCACUGAAUCCCAGCUUCAGAAUCAUUUUGGAGAGAAGAAUGGGUCUUGGCUAUAUGCCAUGUGCCGAGGGAUUGAACAUGAUCCAGUUAAACCCAGGCAGCUACCCAAGACUAUUGGCUGUAGCAAAAACUUCCCAGGAAAAACAGCUCUGGCUACUCGGGAACAGGUCCUGUGGUGGCUUUUGCAGUUAGCACAGGAGCUGGAGGAAAGACUGACCAAAGACCGGAAUGAUAAUGACAGGGUAGCCACCCAACUGGUUGUGAGCAUCCGUGUGCAAGGUGACAAACGUCUGAGCAGCCUGCGCCGCUGUUGUGCCCUCACCCGCUAUGAUGCUCAAAAGAUGAGCCAGGAUGCGUUUGCAGUCAUCAGAAACUGUAACACUUCUGGAAUCCAGACUGAAUGGUUCCCUCCCCUCACAAUGCUCUUCCUCUGUGCUACAAAAUUCUCUGUCUCCGCCCCUGCAUCUUGCACAGAUAUCACUGCCUUCCUGAGCAGUGACUCAGGUUCUCUGCCAAAGGUGCCAGUCACAAGCUCAGAAGCUAAGACCCAAGGAAGUGACUCAGUAGUGACACCCAUCAAGAAAGCAACAACGUCUCUGGAAUCAUUCUUCCAAAAAGCUGCGGAGAAGCAGAAAGCUAAAGCAGCUUCAUGUUCAUCUCUUACUGCUGUUACCCAAACCUCCAAGAACAAGUCACCAUUGAAGUCCCCAUUACUUUUCCAGACUAGUCAGACAUUGGGCGUAGAGCCCUUCUUUAAGCAGAAAAGUAUGCUUCUAAAACAGAAGCAGCUCAAUUCUUCAGUGUCUUUUCCUCCACAGAACUCACAGAUCAACUCUAAAGGAUCACCCAACUGUUUUCCAACAGAGCAUUCAGAGGGUGCCCCUGUUUGUGACAGAGCAUUGAAGUUAGACUCUUCUAAGGCAGUUUCUCCAGAGGAGGAUUUGACACAGAAGAGCCCAGCCAUGCCUUCCUUUUCAGCUCUCAAGUCUCUUGAGGUGGCUCCAAUGGCAGUAGCUACCUCUGAUCUUUUAACUGCUGAGGACCAGCUGCCCUGUGACAAGUGCAGUUCCCUGGUUCCAGUGUGGGAGAUGCCAGAACACAUGGACUAUCAUUUUGCAUUAGAGUUGCAGAAGUCCUUUCUGCAGCCACAGUCUUCAGUCCCCAGGGCUGUUCCAGCCAUGUCUUCUCAAGGGAAAAGAAAUCUCAGGAGCCCCAUGGCCUCUAGUAAUAAGCGCCCCCGGCCUGAGGGCAUGCAGACAUUAGAAUCAUUUUUUAAACCAUUAACACAUUAAUGCUGCCCUUAGGCUUGCUGUAGGUUUUAAUAUUUUGUCUAUAACCUAGGAGAUGGAAAUACAUUCAUUAUUCAAGGAUAUCAUAAUGAUGAAAUUUUUAAUACCAAAAAAAAUCCAGAAAAUGCUGAUGAAAUUUUAAAUUUUAUUAA